CAGAAAACAUUGGAAGCAAGCAAAAUUACUUCAAAGAUCCCUCCUUUAAAAAAAAAAAUCCCAUUUUUUUUGGCAAAAGAGAAAGAGAGAGAGAGAAAGAGAAAGAGAGAGUUCAAAAAGAGGACAAAAGAUUCAAAUUUGGGGGUCCUUCAUCUGUGGCUUGUAGAUCUUCUCCCAUGGGAGGCAUGAAGCCACUUCAUUGGUGCUUCAUUGGAGUUCUUUGCUUGUUUGCAUCACCAAAUCAUGGGAGGAUGUACUCUUUGUUGUCUCCUCUUCCUGCUCCCCUUGUCUCCCCUCAAAUCCAGCCUGUUUCUAUGCCUCAUUCAUCCAUGGCAUCACCUCCUCUAGUGAUGCAAAUGAUAGUAGAGGAUCACCACCAGCGCAUGGCGAAAGAAUUCCUUUUAGCAAUCAUCCUGGCAUCACUUGGGAUUGUGAUGAUCACUGUGUCACUAUUUUGUGCUUAUGUCCUCUGUCAAAGAAACCGUAAUAGUUCUGAUUCAAAAACAAAUCAAGCUGCAGAUGCUGCCAGAGGGAUUCCGUUGGGUCCAACUUUGAGCAAGUUCAAUUCUUUAAAGAUGGUUGGCAGAAAAGGAUCAAUAUCGAUGGUCGAGUAUGCUUUGCUAGAAGCAUCCACAAACAACUUCAGUGAGAGUAAUGUCUUGGGAGAAGGCGGAUUCGGUUGUGUAUAUAAAGCUCGAUUUGAAGAGGGUCUCCUUGCUGCAGUGAAGAAAUUAGAGUGUGGUGGGCAGGAUUGUGAAAGAGAAUUCGAGAAUGAGUUGGAUUUGCUUGGAAGAAUUCGACAUCCUAACAUAGUUUCCCUGGCCGGUUUCUGUGUUCAUGGAGAAACUCGGUUUCUCAUUUACGAGUUAAUGCAUAAUGGAUCUCUAGAAACACAAUUGCAUGGACCUACUCAUGGGUCAGCACUAACUUGGCACAUUCGCAUGAAGAUUGCUCUUGAUACUGCAAGAGGAUUGGAGUAUCUUCAUGAACAUUGCAACCCGCCUGUGAUUCAUAGGGAUCUAAAGUCAUCCAACAUUCUUCUCGAUUCAGAUUUCAAUGCGAAGAUUGCAGAUUUUGGUUUAGCCGUGACCAGUGGCAACCAAAACAAAGAGUGUGUCAAAGUUUCAGGCACUCUUGGUUAUGUCGCUCCCGAGUAUCUUUUAGAUGGCAAACUAACUGAGAAAAGUGAUGUUUAUGCUUUUGGAGUUGUGCUGCUUGAGCUUCUGCUUGGUCGAAAACCAGUUGAAAGUAUGGCUGAAUCUCAAUGCCAAUCACUUGUUUCAUGGGCUAUGCCACAGCUAACUGACAGAUCUAAGCUCCCGAACAUAGUGGAUCCUGCAAUUAGAGAUACAAUGGACAUGAAACACUUAUACCAAGUUGCAGCUGUUGCCGUGCUUUGUGUUCAACCGGAACCUAGUUACAGGCCAUUGAUAACAGAUGUACUGCACUCUCUAAUUCCUUUAGUUCCAAUAGAACUUGGAGGAACACUUAAAGUCAUUAAUCCAUCACCUAGCGCAAAGCAGCAGCCUGCUGCUUGUUAAUCAUGGACUACAACUCUACGUGGCGCAUAUGUACGAAGUAAUUGACAUCAUCAAUCUCAUAAUUCAUGGUUCAUAUUGGAUUCAAAAUCACGAUUGGAGUUGAAAAAUUUGAUCAAGAUUAGUUUGAUCAGGAAAUACGGCACUGUGUGAGUCUGGUAAUCAAGAUGAUCAUUUAGUUACCUUGUUAUUGUACAAUGUAGAUUGCAUGUUCGUUGUAGGUUUACUAGAAUGAGUAGUGGCGAGCUAUUCUCGGGGAGUUUGACAUGUAGCGAAAUGAGGGAACCCGGACAACUUCAAAGCAUAUCUUUGAGCAAGUUCAGCAAAAGUGAAAAUUUUAGGAAGCUCAUUGGAGAUUUUGAUGAUUAACUUCUCAUCCACGGUCAAUGAAGCAUGCAUUCAUGAAUCGAUCGAUGAUGAAAAGUAGCCGAAAGAGCCAUGAUCUUUACUAUUGUUUUAAAGGGUGGUCUUCAUUAGAGACUAGAAUGCUUCAUAAUAAUAGAAACAUUUUCGGGAAGCAUUGCUUGUUCCCUUCAAAAAGUUAAUUCUUGAAUUCAGUAUGUAGUUUAGUCGCGGCUCUUGUGUUAGGCAAUUGAAUGAAUGAACUACAUAAUUUUCGUCGUCCCGUAUUCGCAGUUUGAUUUUAUUUUUAUUUUGUUGUUUGAUUCUUUUGUGAGGAAACUUUUUCAGUUUUAUUUUCAAUAAGAACAUGUCUGAUUAAAUUGAAGAGUA